AUGUUUGGACAAAGCUUCCCAGAGGAUCUUGAUUGUGGCAACUUCUUUGACAACAUGGACGACAUUCUUGACUUUCCCGGUUGUGAUAUGGAUGUCGGUUUCAACAUCGAUGACUCCGACUCUUUCCCUAACAUCUGGACCACUCAUCACGACACGUGGCCCGCUGCUUCUGACCCUCUCUUCUCUUCCAACACCAACACAAACUCAAACUCAUCACCUGAGCUCUAUGUUCCGUUUGAAGAUAUUGUUAAGGUGGAAAGGCCAGCGAGCUUUGUAGAGGAGUCUUUGGUUGAGAAGAAAGAAGAUUCGUUUUCCACAAACACGGCUUCAUCUUCGUCUCAUAGCCAGUUCAGGAGCUCAAGUCCAGUGUCGGUACUCGAAAGCAGCUCCUCCUCGUCUCAAACCACCAACACAACUUCACUUGUCCUCUCUGGAAAGCACGGUCGUCCGCGCACAAAACGCCCUCGUCCACAGGUCCAGGAGAUGGACAGAGUCAAUCCUUGCGGGGUGGAUUCGCGUCUAAUCGUUAGAAUACCGAAGCAGUUCCUCUCUGACCACAGCAAGAUGAUCACCAAGAAGAAGAAGAAGGCUAAGGUUACUUCUUCCUCUUCUUGGUCCGGGGCUGAUCUUGAAACCAACAACGUGGAUUCGUGCUCUUCAGAGCAGCAUCCGGUUAGGAAGUGUAUGCACUGCGAGGUCACUAAGACCCCGCAGUGGAGGCUUGGGCCUAUGGGCCCAAAGACUCUUUGUAACGCGUGUGGCGUGCGUUACAAGUCAGGAAGGCUUUUCCCGGAGUACCGUCCAGCUAAUAGUCCAACAUUCACUCCAGCUCUUCACUCAAACUCACACAAGAAGGUGGCUGAAAUGAGAAGCAAGAGAUGCAGCUAUGGAAGCUACACAAACGAUGAGAAUGAUCUGCAAGAUCUGAUUCCGAACAAUGCCUACAUUGGCGUGGACUAA